AGAAAACAAUGUCACGGCCCUGACAGUCAGUAUUAAAGAUGUCUUGAUUAUAGAUAAUCACGCAAAGGAUUGGUUGUUUGGGAUGUAAUCAAAAUCAGUUGUGAAAAUAUGAUUUGUUUUGAAAAUGAAUAGAAAUCAACGCAGAUUCGGUAGGCUUCCUCCGAAACGGAACGAUAACGAAGGGAAAGUGAAGGUUUCUAAGACUAAACAUGGUCCUGAGUUGGAAGAGGUCCUAUCUCCGAAGAGAAAACGGAUUUUCUGUAAUACAGAGAAACCUACGAAUGAUAGGUGCUGCUACUUCAGUCCGGAUCAGAGAGACUUUGGUCAGCUGACGGAAACUGAUCGAAGGAGUGACAAGCAGUACAGCUUUUAUCCUGAGAAACUUGACGAUAUUGGUCUGGUGAAGCAACUGGAAAACAUUAUAAAUAAUAAAAAACUUGAGAACAGUUCUCAAUAUGCAAAUUCAGAGAAAAAACCCGCGGUUCCUGCUUAUGUUAAGACUACAGAUGGAUCUCAUUGGCAGAAUAUAAAUAGCACUAAUGAACUUGAUAAAUUCAUACACGAGAAAGAAAAAGUUAUACCAAAACAGUCGUUACAAAGCAUCCACAUAUCUGAAGUUCCACGAAUAAAGAUAAUUGCAGAGAAGUUCUCGAAGUGUAAGACGAAUAAUAUAGAAUUGAGGAAACUGGAUGAGAAGGUGGUGUGCGUGGAAUACGACAUUUACACAGGAAACAAUAUGCUGAAGCCACGGCAGACUAUGCGAGCAUUCUUCUCCAUAAAACCGGCAUGUAUAAACCAAGAAGAGAAAGAAAACGCAGUACCCUCAACAAUACCUUCAAAGAUAAAGCACACGUUCAAUAUAGCAGACGAAGAUUUAAAACACUUGAACGACAAAGAAAUAGAAAUGAUUGACGGAAACAUAGUCGAGAACAAAUCUUACUUGGACGAUCUGAAAAGAAUAUUAAAGCGUAAUCAAGUGACAAUGGCGAAAAAGAGCAAACCCUCGUUAGAUUUGAGGUCUUUGUACGAAAUGGCAAAAAAGCAAAUCAUUCCUUUAACAGACUUUACAAAUAGUAAUCUCCUAUCGAGCGCCGAAUUGGAAGAGAUAAAAGAUUUGAUUUUAAGAAACUGUACGUCAAGUGUACAUGGCAUAAGGCGGCGGACAGUUAAGAGCGAUGCAGAAUCAGAAGUGUAUAAAGAAAUAGGGGUCCUGUCACGUAGCCUCAUAGCAGAGCUGAUGAGAGAGGAUAAGAAUUGAAAACACCGUCACAGCUUUUAUUAGCCCAUUCCUUCCCACUAUCCUAUUUUUAGGACACUACAUUUAAUUUUUUUUUCCCAACAAACUAUGUAUUUAUACUAUAGAUACUAAUGAAAUUUGUAUUUUAAAAUAUUUUUUUUUGUAGUAAUACAUAUUUACGUCAUUUUAAUACAUAUUAUAACUUUUUUUAAUGUAUUAAGACCUUAAUCCUAUUACAUAGAUGCUUGGAAAGUAAUGGGUUAACCUAUAAGUAAUAUUGGCAUCAACAAAAAUAGAACUGUAAUAGCAACUGGUACAAAUUGACUGGUGGAGUAAAAGUACUGGUAAAACUAUAGUAAAUAAAUAAUUUCAGUUAUAUAUAUAUCCAACAACAGCUGAGUUUCUUAUCAAUUCUUAGAAUGCACUCCGGACGAUAUGAGUCUGUAACUUUCUGUGCUGAAAAAGCAGCAGUUACCUUUAAAAUUUGGAAUUGUCAUUUGUAAAUGCGAUCUUUUCUAUCGUUAAAAUACCUUUGUUUACCAUAAAAUUGUUCGUGUUAGGACAAUAUAACUAUUAUGUAUUAAAUACGAAAGUUUAAAAGUAAGUUUGUCUUGUUAGUAACUGCCAAAAGUCAACAUGU